AUACAGAAAUUGUACUGAGAAAAGGUAUGAACUGAAUGAUAACAAUAUCCUCUUCUUUCUUUUUCUUUUUACUUUAUUUUACUUUUGAGCAUCUCAUGAAUAUCCAUUUAAUUCAAUUUUGGUUAAAAGACUGAAGCUGGCAAUGUAUUGACUAUUGUGUUUGUAGAAUUUGAAACCGUCUGAGUUCCCUGAGCUAAUAGGAAAAUGGAACAUGAAUCCUCAAGAAUUCUUGAGUUUCAGACAGCUUACAUCUUUCGAAAUUUGUAAUGUCAGCAACUUGACAUAUCUCCUAACCCCAUCGAUGGUUAUGGAACUUGUGGAACUCAUGCAGUUGGUUGUAAAAAACUGCAAGAUGAUGGAGCGAAUUAUCACAGGAGGAGCUGAAAACAUAGAAGAAAAUAAGUUGAUAUUCCAUCAGCUAAAGGUCAUUACUCUCGAGUCAUGUUCCAAGUUGACAAGUUUAUCCACUGGAAGCUAUACACUCAGGUUUCCAUCAUUACUAGAUGUUAUUAUAGCUGACUGGUUCAAAGUUUUUCACAACUCAUCAAAAGGCUUGUGGUACGUGGUUGUAAGAAGAUGGAAGAGGUACCUAAUAGGAACUGAAGGAUUAAUAGAAGAGAAGGGGAAGAUGUCCUUGCCUUUGUUCCCCUGGCCUUUGUUCCCCAAACUCGACAGUAUGGUUCUCGAAGACCUUCCAGAACUCACAAGAUUCUGCUGCGAAUCACAAGCUCCACCUGGCGCUGUGUUUGUAUUUCCUCAAGUAACAUACCUGAAAUUUUCUAAGCUACCAAAACUCAAGAGUUUCUUCCCUCAAAAUGCUACAGAAUGGCCAUUGUUGGCUAAAAUGCAGCUGAUAGGAUGUAAAGGAAUUGAAACUUAAUUUUUACCUGUUUGUCAUGUCUGAUCACUUUUACAUAUCCAGAUAAGAAAUAAAUAAAUUGGGGCAUGAAGGUCUUAAUGAAUUCUCUGCGUUCAUUAAUCAAUAAGGGUUCUGAGUGUUGUGGUCUCCAGUUGGUUGUUAAUGUUUUCUGUUUGCAUUUUCCAUCCAGGACUUGCUUUGUUUCUGUUGCUUCUGCUGUUAGUGCAGUUUGUUUGUGAUAAUUUUCUGAUUUGUUUACAAGUGACUAUUCUUUUAAGUUCACUGUGUCUGUGUCUGACGAUCAGGAUCAUGAGUUGAUCACUUCGGUCUCUAUCUUCUUCUGAUUAAUUGCCUAAAAGAAAAAAAAACAAAAGCGACUAAUCAGAAUUUUUUCUUUUAUUUAGGAGCGUCUUGAUGGCAUCAGAAAGGAAAGCAAUUCGGUGCUUUCUACAAUCAUUUUUAUGUUUGUAAUGCUGUAUUUUCUUCUAGACGUUGGGAUGUUUGCUCUCAACUGGAUUAUAGCUGUCUAUGUAUCUUGCUGUUUCUUUCAAUCCAAAUAUGAUAUAUUGAUGCACACCAAGCUAAUUUAAGAAGAAAGAUGUACAUUGCCUUAUGUUUAACUCUCUUACAUAACCAAUCCAAAGCAUCUUGCCAAAUACAGUUUAAUGGGAUUUCCAGCAUAGAAGAAAUCUUUUCCCAAAUAUGAGUAGUGUAGGGACAGGAGAAGAAGAGAUGGUUCCUAGUUUCACUUGCAUUCCCACAUAGCACACAAGUGUCAUCAAUGGAAGAAACCGAUUAUUCUGCC